CCCUUUUCUACUGAUACCAAUUCAAAACAUAACUUCAAAAUCAUCUUUUAAUACUUUGAACGAGCCUCAACUUACUAAAGAUUAACCACUCGAGUCGUGCGCCAUAUUUCCAGAUUCUCAACUGAUCUUUCAAGGCAGCCUUCCUUCAGCAUCGUUUCAUCUCACUUCACAAUUCACAACGGGACGUGUUGCGCCCAUACAGCAAUUAUCCUACGAUAACAAAACAGCUCAACUCCAAUUAUCUUCCACGAUUAACAGCAAACCUCCUCAUAUCAAUUCGUCAAUUUCUACUCGAGAUGUCAUUCCGCAACAACCGUUAUGCUCCUGCUGCUGAGCGCGCAGGCGUUAUUCCAGUCGGAUUCAGAUUUAAAUGCAGACAUUGCCAUAUCUACAAAACCAAGGAUUGCUUUUCGAAGAAAGAGAUUGCUUCAUACGCAAAUCAGUAUGCUCGAAAUCCGGGCAUGACACUCGACCCUAUAGGCUCACUUCUACGAUGCUUUGGUUGCAAGGGCGGACAAGCUUCGGAGCGCCAGUGCGAGGGGCCAUGCUCUAAGUGGAAAUCUUUGGACCAGUUUAGCAAGGCUCAAAGAUCUAGGGGCAACGGGUGGUGCAUGGAAUGUGUUCAAUGGAAGGAAGGCCAUCAUCCAGAGGUCAAUACUACACCUGCUCCUGGCACCGAGCUAGAGCUACUUGAUAUGACCAGUGAUGCGCCUGAGCUCACAACAGGUUCUUCUUAUGCUGCGAGCAUGGCGAGUUUGUCCCUUGGCAACACUCCAAACGGUUCCCAGCUUGCACCACAUCUACGAGCAGCUGCUGGCAGUCAAAUUGAGAACCGCUCACAAUCAUCUAUGAGCAACGCCUAUGAAGGUGCUCGUACAGCGGAUCUGCCAACUAGUUCGGAUGUAUGGUCUACUCGAGACUCAAGACGUCGUGCAGGUCCUUCCAUACAUUACAAUGCAUAUGAUGCCAGUGGAGUACGUCAUUCUCAAGAAAAGGCAAUGUCUUUGACCUCUCGUGCUACUUCGACUGCUGGCGCACUCAGCGCGACUUCUGUUGCCAGGGGUGCCGCCAGAGCUCCUCGCGUGGUUGUUAACCCAUCCACUGGUUGGGCUAAGCCUAUCGGCAGUCGUACUGCACAGCCAGCCAAUCCAGGUGCUGUCACUGCAUGGGCUCCAGAAUCGAAUGAGGUUUACCACAGAUCGGUCUACGACUCGAGCGAUGACGAAAUGUGAAUGGAAUGACUAUGGGAAGGUUCGAAGCCUGCUCAUUCCAUUGGUUGCUCCCCCGGGCACCAUGUUUUCCUGCGGAGAAUUGAACGUUUGCAACGACUUUAUGGAUUUUAUUUAUUUAAGGCUUCUGGAAUGAGUGAGCGACUUUCUAUCAAAACACUUUUCUUUUCCACGAAUUAGUAAUAGCUUUUCCAUUCUUCUCUGAACUCUAUUAACGUUGGCGUUUCUCUCGAGCUCCGUUCACGGCAUGCGGUGGUUUCAUGGCUCUGCCUUGGAUUCGACUGGAGAUGCUGGCAAACCAGCUUCAUUAACGAUGCGUUGCUGUAGAUAGUUAACACAAACGUUUUAUUUACAGAUGAAGUAUUAUUAGUGAUGUGCUGUUGUAUGUUCUGUUCGUUGUAGAAGCUCUCCUAGACCUUGGUGUUUUGAGAUCCCAUAUUCAUUGAACUUUGUGGAAAAGAUCAUUUUGCAGUUUGAUUUCUCAAGGAUGAGUCCAAAGGCCGUUUUACAUUUCAUCCUUCUGGGGAUUCAUAUUAAUGAGUAAUGUAGACUUAUCACCUCCUAUUCGAUAGUUCAUGGGAGUAUCACUGCACUAUCAGAAUAGUCUGGCUAGCUUCUAUAGAGGGGCUUCAGUUGGGAGGUUUAUAAGUUAGGUAGGUUGUUAGGUAGGUAGAUGCUAGAGUGGUUGGAAUAUAGUGAGGAAGGGUGACUGGUGAAUGGCUAUGCAAUUAAUGCGCCUUUUCAAUGGUAAUGUGGUGUGGUAUUGGAGAAGAGAGGGAGAGGGAGAGGGAGAGGGAGGAUUAUCCGUUUGGAUAUAUUUGUGUGUGUGGUAGGUUGGUGGCUGGGAUUUUGUUUAUGUUUCUGUUUGAAGAGGUAAUGAUGGGUUUAUUGGGGGAUUGGGAGAUGGGGGAAGAUAUGUGGAAGAGGGGAGAGGACGGGAUGGGAUGAAAAAGAUGAGAUGAGAUGUAAUAGGAGAUGUAAUGGUAAUGGCAAUGGAAAGUGGGGGUAUUUGAGUUAUAGGAGUGAGUUUGAGAACGAAGAUGAGGAUGAAAGUGAGAUACUAGGUAGAUGAGAUGGGUGAUAUGG